UUAUAACACAGCUAAAAAAUUUCCCUCUUUAUACCCUUCUUCUUUCUAUACUCACUCUUUCUUCAUCUACAUUACUCACCUGAAUUGAAAUAAAGCAACAUGAGUUUUCUUAACUUUAGGUAAUUGACUUUAUCUAGCUAGACCGAGUCUAGUUUUUUGUUAAAAAAAUAUUGACUUAAGUUUCCUUAGUUUGGGCUCCAAGAAGCAUAAAUUAUCCAACAAGUUGAAAGGCUCCUCCUCCUCCUCCUCUUCGUCCUCCAACACGAACCAUAACUACUCACCAGAAGCAAAACCGCUCUUUGUUACUCAGCCUUAUGUCAGUCACAUGCUUGUGAAAGGAAACUUUAGGACCAUUGUCGAACUACCGAAAUAUGUAGAUGUGAACGAAUGGCUAGCUUUUAAUACUUUUGAAUUCUUUAAUCAUAUCAACUUGUUUUAUGGAUCCAUAAGUGAUUUCUGUACACCACAAUCGUGUCCUUGCAUGUCUGCAGGAUCUGGCGUUGAGUAUACUUGGGUGGAUGCUUCCUCCAAAAAAAUCAAGUUAUGUGCACCGCAAUACAUCGAUUACAUGGCAUCCAGUAUACAAAAUAUGUUGAAUGACGAAACACUUUUUCCUACAAAAACAGGCCGAGAUUUCCCCCGCGAUUUUCCUCAAUUGGUAAAACGGAUAUUCAGCCAACUUUUUCGACUCAUUGCUCACAUGUACCAUCACCAUUACGACAAGAUUGUCGCUCUAAGUGAAGAACCGCAUCUCAACUCUUUAACUGCUCAUUUUAUAUCAUUCGCAAAGGAUUUUGAUUUAUUGGAAAAGAAAGAGAUUCAACCAUUACAGGAACUAGUCGAUAUUAUGUUCAAGACUGGAAUCAUAUCAUGAAUGAAUGCAACCACGCUUCUAUUGAAAACGGAAUAGG